AUGUCUAGCGAAAAACCAAUCCUUUAUUCAUAUUAUAGGUCAUCUUGUAGCUGGAGAGUUCGUACUUGUUUAAACUGGAAAGGAAUUGACUAUGAAUAUUGUCCUGUUAAUGUGAUGGAAGGAGCUCAGAAUAAAGAAGAAUAUUCAGAGAUCAAUCCAUAUGAAUUCGUUCCAACUUUAAAAAUUAAUGGUAUUGUAUUAAGUCAAUCAGUUGCGAUACUUGAAUAUUUGGAAGAAAUCCGACCAGAAAAGCCAUUAUUACCCAAAGAUCCAUAUAAAAGAGCUCUGGUUAGAUCUCUAGUUCAAGCAAUCGCAGGUGACAUUCAACCGCUUCAAAAUCUUAGGCCUAUAAACUUUAUUGAAAGCAUUGGAGGUGAUAAAAAAGAAUGGAUUAAUUAUUGUAUUGGAGUUGAAAAGCAACUUUCAAAAUCGUCCGGUAAAUAUUGUGUUGGCGACGAAGUUACUUUAGCAGAUGUUGUUCUUUUGCCACAGGUUUAUAAUGCUACCAGAUUUAAUAUUGACAUGACAAAAUUUCCUUUAAUCCAACGAAUUGCAAAUGAUUUGUCCGAAUUGGAUGCUUUUAAGAAAGCUAAUCCACAAAAUCAAAUCGAUUGCCCUGCUGAAGAAAAAAAAUAA